AUGGAAGAGAAAGAUAGCAAAACUUCUAAAUCACCACAAAAAUGAAUUCAGCGCCUUUCCUGCUUUGCAAAGCCAAAAUCUUCUCAUGAAAGAAAUACUUUAUAUUUAAUCAAGCAUUUUAGACAAAAACCUAAAGGAAUAAAAGGAAAUAAAUCAUCAAACUUAGAUAUUUAUUUGUCAGAAAAGAUUAUCAAUUAUAUCAGAAAUUUAGACAGCAUUUCUUCAGUUAAAUCUUCUUAUUUCAAUAAUCUCAACUUUUCUAAUCAACCACAAAUCACAAGACAUUUUCAUCAGAUCCUUUCAGAAGGCGACAAACAAAGAUUUUACAAAAUUAUGCUUCUUUCUCGAGAAUUAGACGGAAUUUAUUUAGCAUCAAGCAAUGUUGCAACAAUUUUGAAUAAAAGCGGAUUUUCCUUUGACAAUCAAAAUUUGCAAAAUAUUAAAAUUCCUUAUGCAGACUUAUCAAAUAACUCUUUUAUUAAAACAAAUUUUUCCAAUAGUGAUUUGAGGUAUGUAGAUUUUACUUCCUCAUUGGUAGCUUUUUCUGAUUUCUCUAACUGCAAAAUGAGCGAAUCAAAACUAGAAAUAGCAAUUUUUGAGCCAAAAGAUAGAGAAGUUGUCGAAAAAAUCACUAUUUCAAAAUGCGAAAAAUAUGUUGCAUCACUUAACUCAAUGAAAAUUUUAGCUAAAAGGUGUUUUGUAAGUAUAUUUUCAGUUGAUCAAUCAAUCGAAAUAAAUUAUUUGCAGCUCGCUAAUUAUAGAAUAGAAAUCUCUGAUAUAAAAUUCUCAUCGUAUUCUUCGGCCCUUUAUAUUUUAUAUUGAUUUAAUUUAUUUUCAAUAUUUUUUAAAUAUUUUUUUUUAUUAUUAUCAUGCAUAUUAAGGCAAAUUCCUACUUUGAGCUCUACCAAGCACGAUAUAUAUUGUAAAGAAGAGCUUGUGAUAUGAGAUUUCAUUGAAAACACAAGUAAAGUUAUAAAAUUAGAAAAUAAAAUACCUUCUUUAAUGUCAGCAUUUAGCGAUUAUAUGCUAGCAUAUUCAAUUCCUGGCUUUAUUAAAGUUAUAUCAUUAUUUGGAUUUCAAACUAUAUGGCAAGUUAAAGCAGGGAAAAAAUUAGGCUAUCAAGUAACCUUUUUUUGAAAAAAAUGAGCACAAACUGAUUUUUUUUUAUUUUAUAAGAAAUUAUAUAAAAUAAUUCAAUAUUUAUAAUAAUAUGAUAUAAAAAAUAUUAGUGAUAAAUUUUUACUCGGAAAAAAAGGAAAUUCCAUAAAACACACAAUUUGAUCUAUUGAAUUAGGGAUUAAAUAUAAAAAAGUCAAAGCCGAAUUCAUGAGAUUUUGUGGUGAUUUUUAUAUCACAAUUAAUAAAGAUGUCCUUGAGAUAGUAAAGUUGGAUUCUGGCGAGUCUAUCUGAAAAAUAAGAGACCCCAAUUAUAAAUAUAUUUCAGCAGGUAAUAAUUUUUUGGCUUCUUUCAAAGGCAAUGAAAUAUUAAUAAUUGAUAUUCAAAAGCAGGCUUUAUUGGAAUAUUCUUAUUUUAAUGAGUUUUGGCAUAAUAACGGGUGAUUAAAUCUAUUCAAAACAGGCUUUUUUGGAUUAAAAAAUGACACAAAGAUCUUAAAACUUUCUAAUUUCUCUGAUACAAUUAAACCAAGAAAAUGCAAUAAUACAAUUUCCUCACUCCCCCCUCAUCUUUGAUCGAACAAUUGACUGUAAAAAAUUCCUAAAAAAUUGGGGAAAUUAACCCCCAUCCUUGAUCGAACGAUUUUCAUAUCAUGCAAAUUUUUUUAUAUAUAUAAAAAUAUAUAAAUUAUCAAAAGCUUGGGAAGAUGCACCUAAAAAAGUUGUUUUCAGAGAUAUUGAGACGACAAAAAGCUACGGAAUCAACCAUCCGAAGUGAUUUAGUCAUCAAACUAGGCUUUAAAAAACUCAAUAAUCUAAAAAAUAGAGAUUCUUUAAAAUUUAAAAACAAAAAAAUUAAUUUAACAAGGAACAAAUUAAAAUUUAUACCGUUUAAAAGGAUAACUAAAUAAAUAAAAAUAAUAAAAAUUGGUACUUUUAUGAAAUUAAAAAAUUUAAUUUUUUGCUGUAAAAAUAAUUAUUAAAUACUCUUAACCCUCUUAUUUAAAAGUAAAAUCAAAAAAAAUAUAUAUACAAUUUUUUCCCAAAAAAAAUUUUUUUUUAACCCCCAUCCUUGAUCGAACGAUGGCGAGUUGUCCGAUCAAGGAUCGGGGGAGAGUCAAUGUUUUGUACAGAAAACACAAUUACUGUCUUUUGAUUAGGCCUUAUGAAAAUAAUAAACAUUGAUACUAAGGAAGUCACAAUUUUAAGCAUUCCAAAUAGCCUUCAACCAAAAAGUAUGGUAUGUUCUGAUGACAUGUGCAUUUUUUAUAUUGAUAGCGUUAUUGAAAUCUGAAGUUUGCAAGCUCAAAAAUUAAUAAAACAAAUUAAAACUUUUGAACGAUGUAGCGGUGUACAACUUUCUUUAGAUAAAAAACAAUUUUCUUUAAAUUUUCAUUCAAAAAAAUCAUUUUUAAUUUACAGCAUUGAAUCAGGCGAAAUAAUCCAUACAAUAAAAUAUGAUAAUGUAUACAUUACCUGCUAUAGAUUUUCAGGAAAGCAUUUAAUUUUCAAAAUAAACAAAAAAAUUGUAAUAUGAGAUCAAGAAAAUGAGAAUUGUGAGUAUGUACACACUGGUUUUAAUAUAAAAGAUAUUGAGAUCUCUCCUUGUGGAAGAUGGGCAGCAUUCCACAAUGAAAUUAAAAAAAAUGAGGUAAUACUCUUUAGUAUUGAUACUAAAUUAUUUACAGUGAUCGCUCAUGGAAAAGAUGAGCUUAUUAACGAUUUUUUACACUUUUCGCCAUGCGGGAAUUAUUUAGCAAUUGCAAGUGCUUACAAUAUUAUGAUAUGAGAGUCUGCAACUGGUAUUAAAAUUGCAAAAACUGGAGGAGUAUUUCCAGAAAUUCAAAAAUUUUCUUAUUCUGAGUGUGGAAAAUAUAUUGCUUCAUAUGUAAAAGAAGAUUUAAUAUUAAUUUGGAAUGCUGAAGAAGGCUUAGGACAGUUUAAAGCAGGGAAUGGGGUAGAUUUAGAUAUUAAUUUAAGCCUAGAUCGAGCUAUAAUAGCAAAUGCAACUGUUUUUUCAGGAAAUAUCUUUUCUGAAAUUUCUUAUGUAGACGAGAUAAAACAUAUUAAAUAA